AUGCCAUUUGUCAUUUUUGGGUACAAUGCUGGUGUAGUGUCUGGCAAGUCCUUCUUGUCCACCUCUGACCAGCAGAACAUUCUGACUAUGAAUGUCAAUGCCAUUUGUCAUUUUUGGGCAAGUGGAUCAGAAGUGAAAACCACUUGUGUGUGCCCCUACUUUGUUGCCACUGGAAUGUUUGAAGGGGUCAGGUCAAAUGUUCUGCCCAUUUUACAACCAGACUAUGUCACUAAAGAGGUUAUAGCAGCCAUAUUGACUGACCAAGAGAUGAUUGUCUUGCCUCAAAUUGGCAACUUGCUUAUAUUCCUCAAGGCGCUGCUGCCGGUGAAGGCGAUCAACACUGUGGAAAAAUUUUUGGGCGUCCACGAAACCAUGUACGCCUUCAAAGGCCGCCACGAAUCUGCACAAAAGACAAAGUGA